UAUUUUAACAAAAAAAAAAGGGAAAGAAGAAAGACAUUCAAAACUCGUUUAUCGGAUCAUUUUUCUAUUUCUCCUCGUCUCAGAUCUUCUCCUCAGCUCUUUCUCUGCCAGAGAUUACCAGUGGUCUUCAGAACUAACGGUUUCAGUUGAAUCCUUCGUUUUCAAAGGGGACGUAGUAUUAUUUGAUGAUCAAUUUUAGUCUGAAGAGCUGAUUUGAGCUAGUGUUUGAGCUAGUCAUGGAAGAGGAAAAUUCUAUUGAGCUUUUACAACGAUACCGACGGGAUAGGAGAGUACUCUUAGAUUUUAUUCUUUCAGGGAGCUUAAUUAAGAAGGUUGUAAUGCCGCCUGGAGCCGUCACGCUUGAUGAUGUGGACUUGGAUCAAGUCAGUAUUGAUUAUGUCCUUAGUUGUGCCAAAAAAGGUGGAAUGCUCGAACUCUCUGAAGCUAUUAGGGAUUAUCAUGACCAUACUGGCUUACCACAAAUGAAUAGUGUGGGUUCUGCAGAUGAAUUUUUUUUAGUUACAACUCCUGAAUCUUCAGGGUCACCACCUAAACGCGCCCCACCGCCUAUCCCUGUUUCAAGACCAACACCAACUCCUUUACCAUCUGCUUUUGCACUAUCACCUGCUGUAUCAGCUGUACCAAUAUCUGAAUCUUUUGAUUCUAUACAAGUUCAAGAGCUUACUGUGGAUGAUAUUGAGGGUUUUGAGGAUGAUGAUAUUGAAGAAGUUAAUAGCAUCAGAAUUUCAAGACGGAAUGCAAAUGAUGCUGCUGAUCUGGUCCUGAAGGUGCCUUCUUUUGCCACAGGCAUCACAGAUGAUGAUCUUCGUGAGACUGCAUAUGAAGUCCUUUUGGCAUGUGCUGGGGCAUCUGGGGGCCUUAUUGUACCAUCAAAAGAAAAAAGGAAGGAUAAAAGGUCUAAGUUGAUCAAGAAGCUUGGACGUAGUACAAGUGAAAGUGUCCGUCAGUCUCAAAGUGCAACUGGAUUGGUUGGUUUGUUGGAAACCAUGCGAGUCCAACUGGAGAUUUCUGAGGCCAUGGAUAUUAGGACAAGACAGGGCUUGCUGAAUGCGCUUGCAGGGAAAGUUGGAAAAAGAAUGGAUACCCUACUGAUUCCUCUGGAAUUGUUAUGUUGUACUUCACGCACAGAAUUUUCCGAUAAGAAAGCAUAUAUACGGUGGCAAAAAAGGCAGUUAAACAUGUUAGCAGAGGGACUUAUUAAUCAUCCUGCAGUUGGAUUUGGUGAGGCUGGGCGCAAGGCCAGUGAGUUGAGGAAUCUUUUGCUGAAGAUUGAAGAAUCUGAGUCUCUCCCAUCUUCUACCGGUGAACUCCAGCGGACUGAGUGCUUGAGAGCUCUUAGAGAGACUGCCAUUCCACUUGCUGAGAGGCCAGCACGGGGUGAUUUAACUGGAGAAGUAUGCCAUUGGGCCGAUGGCUAUCAUCUAAAUGUUAGAUUGUAUGAAAAAUUGCUUCUCAGCGUCUUUGAUAUGCUAGAUGAGGGAAAGCUGACAGAGGAAGUGGAAGAAAUUCUUGAACUUCUGAAAUCAACCUGGCGUGUCUUGGGAAUAACAGAGACCAUUCAUUAUACAUGCUAUGCGUGGGUACUGUUCCGCCAGUAUGUUAUCACUAGUGAGCGAAGAAUUAUACGCCAUACCAUUGAGCAGUUGAACAAAAUACCAUUGAGAGAAGAACGUGGUCCACAAGAGAGGUUACACUUAAAAAGUUUGUACGCAAAAAUUGAAGGCGAAGAGGGCUGUCGAGAACUAUCUUUCUUACAGUCCUUUUUAUCACCUAUUCAGAAAUGGGCUGAUAAACAGCUAGGAGAUUACCAUCUAUACUUCUCUGAGGAGUCAGUGAUGAUGGAGGAUAUGGUAGCUGUUGCAUUGAUUACUCGAAGGCUUCUGUUGGAAGAAUCUGAAGGAGUAAUGCAAUCUACAUCUGACAUAGAUCGAGACCAAAUAGAGUCGUUUAUAUCAUCAUCCAUUAGGAAUGCAUUCACAAGGACAUUGCAAGCUGUUGAUAAAUUAGACACAAUGAGCGAGCACCCCUUGGCCUUGCUUGCAGAAGAGACCAAGAAACUUUUGGAAAAGGAUUCAUCAACAUUCAUGCCAAUUUUUUCUCAGAGGUAUCCGCAGGCAACUGCUGUUUCAGCAUCACUUGUUCACAAGUUCUACGGGAACAAGUUGAAACCUUUUCUUGAUGGUGCUGAGCAUCUAACUGAGGAUGUUGUAUCUGUCUUUCCGGCUGCUGAUAGUCUUGAGCAGUAUAUACUAACAAUUAUCUCGGCUUCAUGUCUUGAGGAAAAUGUGGAGGUUUACUUCAGAAAACUAAUUCCAUAUCAGAUUGAGCCUAUAUCUGGUACCUUGGUCUUGCGUUGGCUCAAUUCACAGCUUGCAAGAAUUUUAAGUUGGGUGGAGCGGGCUAUUCAACAAGAGCGAUGGGACCCGAUAUCACCUCAACAGCGACAUGGAAGUUCAAUUGUUGAAGUUUAUAGGAUAGUGGAAGAGACAGUUGAUCAAUUCUUUGCUCUUAAAGUUCCAAUGAGGCCUAUGGAACUGAGCUCCCUAUUUCGUGGAAUCGACAAUGCAUUUCAAGUUUACGCAAAUCAUGUCAUUGAUAAGUUGGGAAGCAAGGAUGAUUUGGUUCCCCCGGUGCCUGUUCUCACACGUCACAGGAGGGAAGCUGGAAUCAAAGCUUUUGUAAAGAAGGAACUAUUUGACUCUAAGCUUCACGAUGAGAGAAGAUCGGCCGAAAUUAGUGUCCACAUGACACAAACCCUUUGUGUUCAGUUGAAUACUCUAUAUUAUGCGGUUAGUCAACUGAAUAAGUUGGAAGAUAGCAUCUGGGAGCGCUGGAAAAGGAAAAAGCCUGCUGAAAAAAUCUCUAUCAGGAAAUCAUUGAAUGACAAAUCCAAAAGUUUUGCUCAGAAGGACAACUUUGAUGGAAGUAGAAAAGACAUAAAUGCUGCUAUUGAUCGGAUUUGUGAGUUUACAGGAACUAAAAUCGUUUUCUGGGAUUUAAGGGAGCCAUUUAUUGAUAACUUAUAUAAGCCCAGUGUUUCCCAAUCAAGACUGGAAGCAAUAAUUGAACCACUUGACACAGAAUUAAAUAAGCUGUGUGAUGUAAUCAUGGAGCCACUUAGGGACCGCAUAGUUACAAGUCUCCUUCAGGCAUCACUGGAUGGCUUGCUUCGGGUACUAUUAGAUGGAGGGUCAGCCCGAGUUUUCUUUCCUACUGAUGGAAAACUAUUAGAAGAAGAUCUGGAGGUCUUAAAGGAAUUCUUUAUUUCUGGAGGAGAUGGGCUUCCACGAGGUAUAGUUGAAAAUCAAGUAGCACGGGUUCGGCACGUUGUCAGGUUACAUGGACACGAGACACGAGAGCUGGUUGAGGACUUGAAAUCUGGAAGCAGCACUGACGCGCCGGGUAGUAGAGGUAAAUUAGGUGCGGACAGCCAGACCAUUAUUAGAAUAUUGUGCCACAGAAGUGAUUCUGAAGCCUCCCAAUUUCUCAAGAAACAAUACAGGAUACCCAAGUCUUCUGCAUAGGUUAAAACUCGGAUUACUCGGAUACUUUUUUCCGUUUAGAAGAAUAUUAAUUUCCUUCUGGCAAUUUGUUUUGUGAAUAUGAUUUGUUCUGUCUUCGCUUCUCUUAUUAUUCAUUUUACUUGAUAGAACU